UUUUGGCACCGGCCGUUUCAAAUUUCAUGGCAAUGCACGAUUCGGUCCUUGUCUUGCCUCCUCGUCUCCACUCUGUAUGCUUCUCAAAGGUCGAAGCUGCCUGAAGAGCUGAUCGAGCUGAUGCCAACGACCUGGUGGCGCUUUCUCCGCAACAUAAUGUCUGUCCACAAUUGUCAGGAGGCUGGCUGAGAUCCUUGGGUAAAUGUUCACUUGCCCAGAUGGAGAAUGUCAGAUGCUUGAGGCUGGGGAACCGCCAACAUUCCCUGACCUUGACAUCCACAUACGGUGAGGCUGCAUAACGGUAUCGACUUUUCUAUCCUCCUCAUUUCAUUUCUCUUUCUACACUGGCUCACUUAACCUGGUGCUCGAGCUGUACCAAAUCGGUUGUUGUGAUCACCUGUCGUCUGUGUCUACCAUGCCGUCGAUAUUUUCCAAGCUCAAGGGUUCUCGUACCCAGAAGGCUCCCACUCAACCAGUUCGGAAACCUUAUGACGACGAGCGUUCACACUCCAUUCACACAGAUGACUCUGAGCCCUCCAACGACACUGACAGGUCGAACAAAGUACUGGAAGUCCUCAGGACGUUCAACAUCAAGCAUGUUAAAACCAUUGCAGAUCUUGCCCUUGUUGGCGCCAAUGGCGAACCCAUCGAUGACAAGACAUACCUUAUGGAGAGAAUCAUCCAACUAGCCGCUGAUCUUCCGGUCGACAGCAGAACUAGUGCCACUCUGACAAACUCGUUUUUGCAUCAACUUUGGACCGACCUUCAACACCCACCAAAGUCGUAUCUCGGCGAGCAGUACGCAUAUCGCAAGGCUGACGGCAGUAACAACAAUAUACUCUGGCCGCACUUGGGAGCUGCUGGGCAACCAUACGCUCGUACUGUCCGACCGAGGCUGAUUCAACCUGUUGCUCGCCCCGAUCCCGGUGUCAUAUUCGACAGCCUUCUCGCCCGCAAGAAGUUCAGUCCCCACCCCAAUAAAAUAUCCAGCGUCUUGUUUUAUGUGGCCUCCAUCAUCAUUCACGACAUCUUCCAUACCAGCCACGUUGACUAUAGCAUAUCCGAGACUUCAUCAUACUUGGACCUAGCGCCCCUCUAUGGCAACUCUGUGAGCGACCAGCGCGAAGUACGGACCCUGGAAAAUGGUAGGCUGAAGCCAGAUUGCUUCUUCGACAAACGAAUUCUUGGCUUUCCUCCUGGCGUUGGAGCGCUGCUCAUUUUCUUCAACCGUUUCCACAAUCAUGUGGCAGAAAAUCUCGCUCGGAUAGACGAAGGUGGUCGGUUUUUUAGGAUUCUUCAUCCUGCGGGUCGUCCUCGACCUGCUGACGCUGACGAACUAUACGACGAGGCCCUUUUCCAGACGGCGAGAUUGGUAACGACUGGCCUCUACAUCAACAUAAUUCUCAAGGACUAUGUUCGAACCAUCCUGAACCUCAACAGAGUCGACAGCAACUGGAAUCUUGACCCCAGGGCGGCUGAAGGCCAAGCCUUCUUCGGCAAGGACAUUGCAGAAGCUACUGGAAAUUCCGUCUCGGCAGAAUUCAACCUCGUCUAUCGAUGGCAUUCUUGUGUUUCGGAGCGCGAUGAACAGUGGACCAAGGAUGUUUAUACUCAGCUCCUUGGUGGUUCCGGACCUCUCACCCUGAGCGAGUUUUUGUACAAGCUCAACGACUGGGCGAGGAAGCUGGACCCGGAUGUGCUCAAACGCGACUUCGCCGGCCUGAAGAGGCUCCCGGACGGCCGGUAUUCCGACCAAGAUUUGGCAUCAAUCUGGACUGCCUCUGUUGAGGACGUUGCCGGCAGCUUUGGUGCUCUUCAUGUUCCCGAGAUCCUGAGAAAUGUCGAAAUACUGGGCAUCAUUCAAGCUCGUUCGUGGAAUCUUGCCACUCUUAACGAAUUCAGAGAAUAUUUCAAACUCCAACCUCAUAAAACAUUCGAGAGCAUCAAUCCAGACCCUAUCGUAUCAGAGCAAUUACGACGCCUUUAUGGACACCCCGAUCAUGUCGAGAUCUAUCCAGGUGUUGUUGUCGAGUCCACAAAGGUACCCAAGCUACCUGGCAGUGGACUAUGCACCAACUUCACAACUUCCAGAGCCAUUCUCUCUGACGCCGUGGCCCUGGUCAGGGGGGAUCGCUUCUACACCGUUGACUACACACCCGCAAAUCUCACUAAUUGGGGCUACAACGAAGCAGACUACAACACAUCCAUUAACUACGGCUGUGUGAUUUAUAAGUUAGUCUUGAAUGCCCUUCCACACAGCUAUGCACCCAACUCUAUCUACGCCCACUUCCCUCUUGUCAUUCCGAGCGAAAACAAGGCUAUCCUGACGCGCCUGAAGAAGGCCGACUUUUACGACUUUGAGAAACCCACCGGUGUUCCAGUACCUGUCGUUGUGAGCUCCUUUGAGGCGAUUCAAACAGUCACUAGUCAACCGAAAACUUUUGCACCCUGGUGGAAUCCUUUACACUUUUGCCCUACCCUUGGUGUUCCAAAGUCAGAACACACAUUCCCACUUCUGGCCCAAGGUCUGGCCGAGAUUAAAGGGCUGGGAACGGCUACAGCCGCUUUCUACAAAGACGCCAUCGCCACGUUACUGAAGAGCGAGUCAUACCAGCUCGGAAGUGCUGGACUGCGCCAGGUGGAUGCUGUUCGUGAUGUUUUCAACAUCGCGCAUGCUCGUUUCGUAGCCAGUCUUUUUCUGAUCCCCUUACAAUCCGAUCAGCAUGGCAGCGCAAACCAUUGGCACCAAGAACUGAACAUUAUUUCAUCGCUUUCGAGCGUGUAUAGCAGCGUUGCAGAUUCCAGUCCUGCGCGACGCUUCGUGGUCACUCGGCGGAAACAAAAGCAAGUCCAACAGCUAGCGGAACAGAUCCAGGAAGAAGUUGACAGAGUUGUCAAGGCCAGCUUUGGUCUGCACGCUCACUCUACUGCUCCACUGCGCACUUUUGCCGUACAAGCGGUCCAGUCUGCCUCCAAGAGCAAAUUGUCGACGAGCGAUAUGGUUUGGCAUCAAAUUCUGCCCCUGGCAGCAAGAGUGUUUGUAUCGCAGUCAGUCGGUUUUGCAGAAGCGCUUGACUACCUGUUUGGUACAGGCGCACAGAGGCCUCCCCAAUUUUCAGAACUCGUGGCGGAUCCGACAUGGGACAAAAUCUAUCCCUCUGUGAGCGAAAUUUCUCGACUGCGACCAGGUGUUCCCCUCCACAAACAGGCGACGUCAGCGGUCUCAAUCAAGGAUGGAGAGGAACAGCUCCAGGUAUCAGCCGGGCAGAAGGUGUUGUGUAAUCUGGGGGCAGCGAGUCGUGAUGCGACUGUAUUCCCUCAGCCAGAUGAGUUCCAGCUCGGACGAGAUGGUAGCCUUGUUGACCGGUCGACGUUGGGCCCUGAAGUGUUGCUCGAAAAGCGACUUCUUGACCACGGAUUCAGCGCAACAUUUGAGAAGUUGGCGAAACUGAACAAGAUUGGCCGGGCAGCUGGAGCGACGGGGAGGCUGAGGAGGAUCGAGGUGGACAAUAUGAUCAAAUACCUGAACCUGGAGGAGAGCAAGACUGUCUCAUAUCCUGUGGCGUUCAAGAUCGACUGGCAGGGUUGAGCAUUCUUCCCAUAGUACAACCAAUCGGUACGAGAAGCAUUGGAAAUGCCGUGGUAUCCUCACGACUGGUCAAUAUACUGCUACGGAUAACGCGUGCAUGGAAUACGAGUAGCAACAGUAACUAGUGUCGGGCACCUAUCUGAGGUAGUCUAGGUACAUAUGGUACUUCAUGAGUAACUGGUAAUGCGUGGCUUGUUGUGAGUACCUUGCCACGGUAGGCCACUGUUGC